CACAGAGAGAGCGAGUCUGGCGCGCUGCUGUUCGCGCAUUCCCCAUCAGCGGCUCAACGUACAGGGAAACGGAUCCUCUCCGCAGUCCAAACACGCCGUUUUCGGUGUCCGUGCUUUCUCUGCGCAAACAUGACGGUCGCAAUUCUCAACGUGGACGAAACGAGCAGCUGAUUCGCGGAGGAAUCUGUGUUUUAUCUGACUAAAACACGUCUUUGGGAUAGAGACUACGGAGCCGCCGCGACCGUUGUUACAACUUUUGUUGCAAUCAAGCACGCGCGUUCACGUUACGCUACUGACGGUUGCGUGUUUUUAAAAGAAACAUAAUAAUCAACUUUUAGCUUUGUGGAUUACAGAAUCGACAAUUGUUUCGAGUACUUUUAAUUGUGUUUGGUAAGUUUGACGACAAGCAGUAAGUAGAGAGGACAAGGCGGUUGCUGGGAGUUUGCAGAGUUUACGACAAGGAUACCGUGUGAUCGUUUCUCGAAGGUAAACAUGGACAACUUGGAUUUAAAUACAUGCGUCAAGGAUUAUUUCUGAAAGUUUUAUCCCCGCAUUGAGUGGACUGCGCUGUUUUCCGUGCACUUCAGGGUCGACACAAACUCUAGAUUUUGUGACCGUUUGCAAGACAAGCCCGUAACGUUAAACAUGCCGCAGCUUAACGGAGGCGGAGGGGACGAGCUCGGGGCUAACGAUGAAAUGAUCUCAUUUAAAGAUGAAGGCGAACAGGAGGACAAAAUCUCCGAAAACGUGUCCGCAGAGAGAGAUCUGGACGAUGUGAAGUCGUCUCUGGUGAAUGAGUCGGAAAAUAACAGCAGUUCGUCCGAUUCUGAGCAAACCGAGAGGCGACCUCAACCAAGAGCAGAUCUUGAAAGUUAUGAGAAAGCCCGAGAGUAUUUCACCGAAGCUCUGAGAAGACAGCAAGAUGGAGGAUUUUUUAAGAGCCCCCAUUAUCCAGGCUACCCGUUUCUAAUGAUCCCAGAUCUCGCCAAUCCUUACUUGUCCAACGGCGCCCUGUCUCCGAGCGCAAGAACGUAUCUGCAGAUGAAGUGGCCUCUUCUGGACGUUCCAGGAUCAGCGGCACUCAAAGACUCACAGUCGCCUUCACCAGGACACUUAUCUAAUAAGGUCCCGGUGGUCCAGCACGCACACAUGCACCCGCUGACACCCCUCAUCACAUACAGCAAUGAGUUUCCUCCAGGAACUCCUCCAGCACACCUCUCGCCUGAGAUACUCGACCCAAAGACAGGUAUUCCUCGGACGCCCCAUCCGGCAGAGCUCUCGCCGUAUUACCCUUUGUCUCCAGGAGCCGUGGGGCAGAUCCCGCAUCCACUGGGCUGGCUCGUUCCUCAGCAGGGGCAGCACAUGUAUCCCAUCACCGCCGGGGGUUUCCGUCACCCAUAUCCAGCUCUAGCCAUGAACGCAUCCAUGUCCAGUUUGGUGUCCAGUCGCUUUUCUCCUCACCUCGUCCCUCAUCAUCCUCAUGGUCUUCAUCAGACGGGCAUCCCUCACCCGGCCAUCGUCUCUCCAGUCAUUAAACAAGAACCCAACGGAGAGCUCAGUCCGCCAGUUAACAGGAAGUCUCCAGGCCCCAAUAAGAAAGAGGAGGACAAGAAACCCCACAUAAAGAAGCCUCUGAACGCGUUCAUGCUCUACAUGAAGGAGAUGAGGGCUAAAGUAGUGGCUGAGUGCACACUGAAAGAAAGCGCCGCCAUCAACCAGAUCCUCGGCCGCAGGUGGCAUUCGCUAUCACGAGAAGAACAGGCCAAAUACUACGAGCUGGCCAGGAAAGAGCGGCAGCUGCACUCACAACUGUAUCCAGGCUGGUCUGCCAGAGAUAACUACGGCAAACGCAAGAAGAGGAAGAGAGAUAAUAAGACAGACUCAACACCAGAGGAUUUCUCCAUGCGGAGCAAGAAGCCGUGUGUGCAGUACCUUCCUCAGGAGAAGAUGAUUGACAGCCCAGGCUCCUCCCACGGCAGCAUGCUGGACUCUCCGGCCACGCCCUCUGCCGCUCUGGCCUCACCUGCUGCUCCGGCCGCCACACACUCUGAGCAGGCGCAGCCGCUGUCCCUGACCACCAAACCAGAGCGCUUCUCCCUGCUGUCCAAACCACCGCCAUCUUCAUCAUCAUCAUCAUCCUCCUCCUCCUCUGGGCUGCCAACUCCGCCCCUUCUAUCCAGACCACUCCCUUUCGCCCUCCUAACUCCGCCCUCUCCGUUCCACCAGGCCGCUCUUCACUCCCAUCAUGCUCUGUUCCAGUCGCAGCCGCUUUCUCUGGUCACCAAAUCCAGCGACUGACAAUUCUGUUCAACAAGCACCACACUUUACUAAAUAGACAAAUUUUACACAGUCAAACAGGUGAGUUUCAGCAUGUUUGAAUAUAUUCAGCUGAUCUUCUGGUCUGGGGGUAACACUUUAGCUUAGCUUAGCAUAGAUCAUUGAAUCGGAUUAGACCAUUAGCAUCUGGCUUUAAAAAAUGUUUAAAAUUAUAGUUUAAGUCAUAGAAAAUGAAAGUUGCUAUUUUCUAGGCAGAAAUGGCUAGGAACUAUCAUUAAAAAACAUUUAAGACAGAUGCUAAUUGUCUAAUCCGAUUCAAUGAUCUAUGCUAAGCUAAAAUUGUUCAGUCUUAGUACAUAAUGAAGCUACAAAUGAGUCAAGCUUUAAAUAGUAAAGUCAUCAAAACUUUAUAAAAAUUUUAAGCCAGAUGCUAAUGGCCUAAUCCGAUUGAAUUAUUUAUGCUAAGCUAAGCUAAAAGUGUUCAGUCUUAGUACAAGAUGAAACUGCAGAAGGGUCCAGCAUCAAAUAGGGAAAUUAUCUUAACUUUUUUACAUUUUUGAGUGAGAUGCUAAUGGUCUAAUCCACUUCAAUUGUUUAUGCUAAGCUAAGCUAGGUCAGUCUUAGUACAUAAAACUACAGAAGAGUCGAGCUUUAAAUAGAGAAAUUAUCAAACCUCUUUUUCUUAAAUUUUGGAGUCAGAUGCUAAUGGUCUAAUCUGGUUCAAUGAUUUAUGCUAAGCUAAGCUAAAAGUGCUCCCGCCAGACCCAUAGAUCAGCUGAAUGGAUUCAAACCUAGUGAAACUCAGCUAAGAGAGCUGUAAAUGAGUCUGCCUCCCCCCCUCCCCAAUAAAGUGUGGUGUUCCUCCAAACAUCUGUUCAACGAUGCUGUACAUUUGCUUUUUACCUUUCCCAGAAAUAGAUGUCAGGUUCAACUUUUUUGAUAAGUGAAAAGGAAAUAAAUAUUAUGGUCAAUAUUUGAUCAUCUGCUUUUUCUGUGUCUGUAUAAAACAAUGUAUUUUUUGUAUCGUCUACUUUGGAACUGGUUUCUUAUUUGAUGCAUUUAUUCAGUGAACUUGUAUAAAGGAUACGUGUAUUAAAAUAACUACUUUUAAAAGACACGAAGGAACAAAACGAAAUAAAAAAAAAGAAACUUUAAGCUUGCCUGUAAUUAAAUGGUAGUUUUGGAGUUUAAUUCAUAGUAAUGGCGAUUUAUUAGUCCUCUUUGCAAGACCCCUCUACCCCAGUUUUGAAGUGUGUGAACUUGAUAAAUAAAACUUGUAAAUUGUUUCU